AUGAUUCGCCCAAACGACGCGUUGACUGUAGAGACGGACGAAGAGUUACUAAAGCUCCAAGAAGAAUUCUUUCGGAACAAAGAGUCGCCGGCGGCAAGAGUAAUCAAACAGAGUAAACCACCAGUCGUACAGCAAGGGAUAAUUGAUAAUAAUGAGGGUAACAAAGAUCCCGAGGACGUCCAGAGUUCACACCUCACUACAAACAUUAUAGGCACAGUGAUCGAAAGAACAGCUACUGGUGUUGUUCUGCCCCCCUCAUCUUCAACUAACUCUUUUAAAACUGGCUUUCCUGAGCCUACUCACAGAAGCCGAUUUCGGAAAAAAUUAAAGAGUAAUGAAGUCAAUCUGGAAAAUCAAGUCGCAGGAGAAAGCCAUGAUCACACGCUUCAACCUUCUUAUGAGGGACAGCAAUUUUCUCAAUCUGUCUAUGAAGAAAUACAUCAAGAAAAUUUACAAAGACUGGAAAACAUGUCUUUGGAUGAAAUUCUUGAAGCGCAAGCAAUGCUUCGACGAACACUUUCUCCGGAAGUCUUAAAAAGACUGUCAUCUAAACGUUCCAAAACCACAAGGCAUUCAGAUGAUGUUACGAUGGAAAUAGGCGCAAAAUCUCCUUCACGUUAUGAUGAGAAAGUUCGCCCACAUGUAGCUACUGCGACAGAUCCUCCAGCUGCUUCAUUUAGAUUUGAUUUUAGAGGUAAUCUUGUCGAAAGGAACGCUGAAGUGCCUGUUUUUGUGGGUCUUCAUCAUCAUGGCGAUGAUCCUGAUCAACCAGGAUAUACUAUUGCGGAAAUGCUUCAUUUGAUGAGGAGCUUAGUACCGAGUCAAAGAGUGAUCCCGUUGAAUGUCGUGUCCAGGAUCCUCCGUAAGGUCCGAAAUAAUCACUAUGGUGACAACGUUAGUCGUGAUAUCAGUUCCUGGAUGAUUAAAAUGAAAGCAUUUUUGUAUUUGAGAACGGCUUUAGAUGAUACAUUCGAGACCGUGCUGGUUGCAGCUAUUGAUGCCCUAGCAGCAUGGGUAAUCGGUGAUGAUGAAGAAUUCACCGAAGAAGAACAUAUAUGGGAUCAUUCUAGUAGUCUUCAUCGUGGUUACGAAAGUAUAUGUCUACAACCUCGGAAGGAAUCACAUAUUACGAAGCAGUUCGCUAUGGGCGUUCAACUACGUUUUCAGUAUUUAUUAAAGGCUGAGAAUUUGCCUUUGAUCGCUGAGAAGCAAAUGUUGCAAAUUUUGUUGCGAUUUGCCCGACAUUCGGUCGAUGCUGCUGAAGCGAUCGCCGACUGUCAUGGUCUCCUAGAGAUUCUUUAUCGAAAAUAUAUCAGCAUAUCAUGGCCAUUGACCAAUUAUGAAGAAAUGCAUAUGACAGGAUACAUGACUAUACUGACCAUCAGACUUUGGCGAACGUUGUGUACGGCAUCGAUUAGGAUAAGUCGUAAACUUAUUGAAAACAAUCACGUGGAAACGUUGUUGAGAUAUUUAGUAAUGGAUCCAUCUUCAUUAUCAACUGAUUUUGAAAGGCUUAUUGGAUAUGAGAUCGUUAAAGAAGUUUUUAUGACAUACCGGUGCCUCGCUGCCCAUGGACUCUAUCGCAGUAUUUUAUCUGAAGCAUAUAUAAUUCUUAGAGGUUGGAUCAUGAGUGCUGUAUAUUCAUUGAAAAUGUUUUGGGAAUUGGAAACAUCUGAUGACGAUUGCAUAAUGCAGCGUAAAUUAGAUAUUGCCAUAGCAUUUUUUUCAUUAAUGGAGACGUUGAUGCAGCGAUCGGAUUAUGACAAAGAAAAGAGUCAAGUCGGUGCUCGUCCUAGCGAAUUUGUGCACGAUGCAAUCGAGCUAUUGCAGAGAUGGACAGCAUCUUCUCCAGAUAUGAACACGUCAGUUAUGGAUGAUGUUAAUAUCAGCUAUGUUGAAAAAUCAUUUGUUUUGAUUUCACGCACUACUGGAUAUUUAGCUGCAUGGAGCCAAUAUUUGAGUAAUUAUAAUGUUACAGAUAUGAGCGAAAUAAAGAGAAUGUGGGAAUAUUUGGCUUUGGGGGAAGAGAAGUCAACCAAUCUACAAGAACUCAUUGUUAUGCGACUACGCAACCUUCUAUCGUCGAGUUUGCUGCUUAAUAUAGAAUCAUGGGAAUUACCUAAUUUGCCUGGAGUCUAUAACCCAAACAGAUUAAAGAGUGUACAGUACAUUCUUUCAAUCUCAACCGCUUGUGAUGCUCUUUUCACGCGAUUAUCGUUAACACGAUGUAUUCUUCAGUUAUUCCCCGAAGACGCGCAGAUUUAUUCAUCGGCUCUAAAUCCUCUUAUGAAGAAUGAGAUUUUAGAUUUAUUACAACGUUCUCUAACUUUUACGCCCAGUGGGCGUUGGUAUGAUUUCUUUGGUCGAUGGAAAACUUAUUUACGUCAUGAAUGGAUCUGUUGUUUGAAGCUUAUUGUCGAUAAUAAUCUUGUGCAUUUGGAUGAUAUCAGGGGCAAAUAUUUACAGAUGAUUGCACUGAACGCUUUUGCGUUGGUUCCACAUAUUCUACCGGGAGAUGAACAGCUUGCUUUAACAACAGUUGAGCAAAUGUUCGACGCCCUGGCCAAAUCAACUCAAUUGUUGAAUUUAAAUUUCCAAGAAUGCCAGAAGCUCUGGCCUUUCUAUAGGAACCGGAUCGUUAAUGCUAAACAAUCACAAGAUAACGGUAAUGAUUUCAGCCUGCAACACUUUUUAAUUAGCCUAGAUACUAAACAUAAUGGGCUACCUUUGUCGAAGGGUUGGAUAUUCAUUCCGAUAGAUGAGUUCUACUCUAAGGCUGAUAUUGUUGUUGAUGAUGAUGUGAAGAGAGAUACAAUUCGACAUUGUUUAACGCUUGCAUGGCAAAUCUUGGGUUUAUAUGAUCUGCAUCAGGAUAUUGUGGACAUGCCCAUUAAUCCAGCCAUAAUGGUGAUAUCACUGAUGAAAAUAUUUCUAAUAGAGGGGGAAGUAUAUAGGGAUUCGUCAAUUGAACAAUGGAUCGAGAAAAUAUUGAAUUGUUACACUCUCAAGGAUAACGAGACAGUUGAUUAUAGUUCGUCAACAAGUCCACCCACUGCGUUCUUAGAAACAGCGGCAGAGUCUGUUUUACGUGUUCCAUUUUAUCAGCUGUUCACUGAUUUUACCGCCGCGUAUGCUGCUGAAUCACUUGGACACACACAAUUUGCUCGUCUGUUAUUGACUCCGCUAAGUGGGUCAUAUCCAGUAGAAUACAAGAUGCUCGUUUGGAGUGAAUUAUAUGAUGUGCUGGGGACCAUCUCAGUGACAUACGAAGAAGUCAUAUGCAUAGGCGAAUCUUCUAUUCAGGGGUUCCAUGCUUACUUCUGGCCUAUAGAAACUAACAGAGCUGUACUGGAGAAUUUUGUACGGUCGUUAGUUAAUUAUAAAAUAUCCAAAGCAUUAACACCGUUCUUGUACUGGAUGGUUAUCCAUCAUUUAUCUGGUUUUAUAUUCUGGAGAAAGCGUACCAACCAGAAUGACGAAAAUGUCAGAAUCGUAAUAGCAAGAGCACUCUAUACUAGAGCUACCCAAGGUAUAAUUGAUGAUUGGAUUGGGUAUACGGAAAAGAACUUUCAAAAUGAUAGAAUAUUUGUAUCAAUGCCCGAAUGUUUUGAUGAAGUCGAGAGCUCUCAAAGGGAAUCAAGGAUAAAUUGGUUGAAGAGUAUUUGUGAAUAA